AUGUCCGCCGGCAUCACGGCCGCCUCCAGCCCCGUCCCCUCCCUGCAGAGCGGGGCCAAGCAGGGUGUCCGUGUCCCUCUCAGGGAGCAGCUGUCUGCAUGUGUCGCCAUCCUGGAGCGGCUGCUACAGGCCCUGGACCCCCUCCACCUCAUCCGGAACCUCCGAGAGGAGCUUCAGAAAGGCCUUUUCCAUCCUGACGACUCCGUGAAAAUCCUCACCAUAUCUCAGGUUGGGAGGAUUGUUGAAAAUCCAGAUGCUAUUAGAGAAAUUAUCAACAGUCCUGAAUUAUUACGGCAAAUAAUCUAUUGCAUUGGUGGAGAGAAAAUAGCUGUGGCUAAAGAGGCCAUCAAAUCUCUCUCAAGAAUUGCACAGACACAAGAUGGCUUAGAGGCUUUAUUUGUGAGCAGUUUGUUGAGUGACUUGAAAAAUGUCAUGGCAACAAAUGACAUUGUACGGUAUAGAGUGUAUGAGUUAAUUGUAGAGAUCUCUUCAGUGUCAGCUGACUCGCUAAAUUACUGUGCCAACAGUGGAUUAAUAUCGGAGUUAAUUGGAGAGCUGACUGGAGAUGAUGUUCUGGUCAGAGCUACAUGUAUAGAGAUGGUAACCUCACUGGCUUAUACUCCCCAUGGACGCCAAUAUCUUGCUCAACAAGGAGUUAUUGAUAAAAUUUCCAAUAUUAUCAUUGGUGCGGAGUCUGAUCCUUUCUCAGGCUUCUAUUUACCAGGAUUUGUUAAAUUUUUUGGAAACCUGGCUGUGGUAGACAGCCCACAGCAGAUCUGUGAACGAUACCCUGUAUUUGUGGAGAAAGUCUUUGAAAUGGCAGAAAGUCAUGAUCCAACCAUGAUCGGAGUGGCUGUAGACACGCUAGGAAUCCUGGGAUCAAACGUGGAAGGCAAACAGGUUUUACAGAAAACUAGAAGCAGAUUCCAAAAUCUGCUAAACAAAAUAGGGCAUCAGGCAAAGAAUGCCCCAGCGGAGUUGAGACUUCGAUGCUUGGAUGCCAUUUCUUCUCUUCUUUACUUGCCUCCUGAGCAGCAGACAGAAGACCUUUUGAGAAUGACUGAAUCAUGGUUCUCAUCCUUGUCUAGCCAACCAUUGGAACUCUUCAGGAGUAUCAGUACUCAGCCGUUUCCUGAUCUCCACUGUGGGGCUUUAAGGGUAUUUACUGCUAUUGCGAACCAACCGUGGGCCCAGAAGUUGAUGCUUGACAGUCCUGGGUUUGUGGAAUAUAUUGUAGACAGAUCUGUGGAACCUGACAAAGCUUCAAAGGAUGCCAAAUAUGAACUGGUUAAGGCCCUUGUAAACUCUAAAACAAUUGCAGAAGUCUUUGGAAAUCAGUAUUACUUGAGGCUUAGGGCUUACUUGCACGAAGGCCCUUACUAUGUUAAGGCAGUUUCUACUACGGCUGUGGAAGGAGCGGAAUAGUGUCAGAACAAUAGCCUGUCUCGGUUCUCCUUCUUGCAAAGUGUAUUACUGAAAUAGCUGUUAAGAUUCUCCCACACUGGAGUCUUUUUAGAUUCUCUUCAAAGAAACUUGAAGUAUUUGACUCAAUUUGAAAUAAGAGUCAUGAGUGCAAAUUGUAACCCGUAGGGCACAAUGUAACUUUCCUUAGUCUCAUGGCAUAAAUCCUCUCUGUACUUUCCUGAGACAAGUAACCCAGGUAAGCACUCUGUCAACUGUGGACGCCGUGUUAAUUUGCAAAAACUAUCAAUGUUUAACUAAACUGUUCUUGGGCUUGGAGUUCCUAUCAUGUUUUCUGAGUAGAUCAUACUUCAAUUAAAAAACAAACACCAAGACACCCUGAGGUUCGUUACCUCAGAUACUGCCAUGAUUUCUCUUACUUUUCUUCCUUACACCUGCCUAAGUUCGCACUUGCAUGGAAAAUACUCCUUAGCCAGUUCUGUUCUGUCAGAAACCUAGUUGUUAAAAAUAAACUAGUAACGUUCUAAAGGUUCGUUCCCGCGUGAGGGAAUACAGACUGGAUUAGCUUAUCAAUUUGCUGGAUGUAAGUCUUGUUUGAAUAAAAUAAUCCUAAAUAUUG